AGACAGAUUUACAAAGGAAAGAAGGUGUUUAUUUUCAUGUUUUCAAACAAAAAAUUGAAUUACCUAUUCCUUUAAUGUUAACAAAUUACUUCUUGGUUCUAGCAGUCGAUUUUACCGUAUAAUGAAAAAAUAAAAUUAUAUGAAGAGGAAUAUUUGGAAAUAGAUCUUAUUUAUCUUUAUUGAUAAUGAGUAAAAACCUGCAGUCCGCAACAAAACUCACGGAAUUUGCACCUCUGCAGGCCGAAGACCCAAAACCUCAGAGCGUUGGGCAAUUUUUAUCCAGUUUUUUUAAGAAAAAAAACAUUCCAGAAGAAAAUGUGAAUGAAAAUAAGGAAAUCCUUGUCCCAGAAUCUCUCCCCAACUGGGCAGUUGACUCGACAGUAGAAGCAAAAAAUAUAGACAAUGAUGCUGUUUCUAAUGUCUUUGCAGUUGACGUAAAUGAAGGCCGAAGUUUACCAAACGUAGUAAAAAGAAUAAGCAAUCUAUUAGCUCUGAAGAGUAGUAAUCUACAAGACUAUGGAGACACCGAAUUGAAACAGUACUGGAUGCCAGAUUCAGUCAGUAAAGAGUGUUACGAAUGCUCUGAAAAAUUCACAACAUUCCGUAGGAGACACCACUGCAGAGUUUGUGGCCAGAUAUUUUGUUCUCAAUGCUGCAGUGAGCAAAUACCUGGAAAGAUAUUUGGCUGUACAGGUGAUUUGAGGGUCUGUACUUACUGUUGCAAAGUUGUUUUAUCCUACUUGCAGUCAUCGGAUUUUACCACAGAUUUGUCUGCAGAUUUAAGAGUUCUGCAAGAAAAUUUGCAGUCAAAAUUCGGUAAAGAUGAUUCUCCUAACCUUAUGGAUGAUAACACUCUGAGUAUUUCAAAUUCCAAUACAUCGGAAGAGAACACAUUGAAGAGAAAAAUUUCAGUUGGUUACCAAGAAGAAAAGUUUGCAUCUGGAGGGGCAAAUGUUACAUAUUUGUCAUCCGAAGAAAAAUGUAGGGCCCUACAAAAUUCGUCAUCUCUCAGGAGUCUUUUCGAAGAAUUAUGCAAACCUUCUACAGGUGUUCCAUUUGAAACUCAUAGAUAUCGGCUGAAAACUUACACCCAGUGUUUCCUUGGGUCCGAAUUGGUUGAUUGGUUAAUUUUUCAGCAGAAAGCUAAAAACAGGAUUCAAGCUUCAGCAAUAUGUCAGGCUCUUCUAGAAGGUGGUUUCAUUGAGAGUUUUUCGGACCCGCAGACUUUUGUCGAUGGCUACUCUUUUUAUAGCAAAGGAGUUGCUUCUUCGCCUGAGUUACCUAGGUCUAACUUAAAUUUUGAUGUUCCAUUCCAUGAGGAACCACAUUGGGUUCAACAAAUACCUCAGGAAUCAAGUACUACAGACUCCGAUAAUGAACAGAUGUCUCCUAUGAAUAUGACACAAGGAAAUAUCACUUCUUCUUCUUCGUACAUGUUGGAUCUCAACUUAGAAGCCAACACUGUAUAUUUAUCGAGGCCUCCGGAUAUUGACUUCAAGUCACCUGAUGUUAGUGAAUACGAACAGCAAGAUAACGAAGAAACUAAUAUCGUGAGGCCUUCAGAACAGCUGGAAGUUGCUCCAGAAUCUGGUUGGUUCAAUGCCUCAAAUUUGAGAGAAGAAAAUCGUGAAAAACUGGCUUACAGUUUACUAACUGAAACAUUCGAACAGCAUGAACUAAGUUUUCUGAGACAGUUGUUAUCUUUGAAGGGUUUGCCAAGUUCUUGGGUUGAAGUCAUCAUACCGCUAAUUCAUGAAAUAAUAGCAAUUAUUAGACCAGAUAAAAAUCAUGACGCUGUUGACCUCGACAUAAGGCAUUACGUUCAGUUCAAAAUAAUAUCCGGUGGUCCGAGAACUGACACCGUUUUAAUUGGGGGUAUAGUUUGCAGUAAAAAUGUAGCUCAUAAAGCCAUGUCGACAGAUAUAGAGAAUCCAAGGAUAUUGUUGCUACAAUGUUCGAUUGUUUAUCAAAGAACCGAAGGAAGACUGAUGUCUUUAGAGCCUGUGCUGAUGCAAGAACACGAAUAUUUGAGACACGUUGCUGCCAGAAUAGUUGCGCUCCAACCAAACGUGGUGCUAGUCCAAAAAAAUGUUUCCAGAUUAGCUCAAGACAUGUUGAGGCUGCACAAUAUCACCCUCGUUCAUAACGUUAAGCAGAGCGUUCUGGAAAGGUUGUCGAGAUGUACUCAGGCGGAUUUAGUUUCUGCCGUUGACGCUCAUAUAGGCCGGCCGAAAUUGGGGACUUGCAAGAGGUUUUAUCUGAAGAGUUUCGAUAUUGAAAAAGGUGGGUUGAAAACUCUGAUGUUUUUUGAAGGCCUCCCGUUACCACAUUUAGGUGGUACAGUGCUGCUAAGGGGAGCAUCAAAGCCUGAACUAGCCCAAUUGAAAAAAGUGUCUUCAUUAUUAUUAUUUACGGCGUACAACUGGAGGCUGGAGAAAUCAUUUUUGAUGGACGAGUUUGCCAUGCCUCCCAAUACCAAGUUUGAGUUCUUCGAAGAAAGCAGAGAAAACUCUCCAGAAUGUCCAGAACCGAAAGUUGCAUUCACUGAGUUCCAAGAAACUGUUUCCAUUCCAGUUGAUACAAAUGAAAAAGUGGAAAAAGUCAUCCCAAAAAGAAUAUCGAGGGAUGAACAGUCUAAUGGGGGCAAGAAAAUCACAGCAGAAGCUAUUGAAGAUUUCACAGAUCCCUUACAUUCGUAUGACACUGAUUUACAUUCUGAAAAAAAUGCAGCGAAUUCUGAAACUUUCACUGUGGCUCUGUUACCAUUUUCUAACAAUUUCAGGAAGCAUUUAGAUGAUAUUAUACUGUGCAUAUCUCCUUACAUAGUUUUCCCAGUUCCUUAUUUAGAGACAGAACAAGGAAAAAAAUGUAAACUGAGAAUGUUUUUUCCAAGAGAUAUAUAUUCCAGUGAACAGUUUGAGAAUGGUAGAAAAAACAAAAGGAAAGAGUUGGAAAGUUUUGCUUGUAAACAUAACAAAUCUAAUAAUAUGGUCAAACCUCCUCAUCCGUUUUUGCUUGCCCAAAUAACUUCUAGCGUGGACAAUCCAAAUAUUCAAAAUAUGCUUGCUAACUUUAGGGCUUGUGGCGGCAGGUAUGAGAAGAAAGAGAAUAUUUGUCUGAAAAUCGAAUCGAAAACUGUCGAGAAGGCAGAGCCUGAAGUUAUUGUCAAAGAUGCGCUAGAUCCGCAUAAUCACCAAAGAUUAGCAGUACUAUUUUGUAGUUAUAGUUCUGAAUCCAACAAUGCUCCAGCAUUUUGUGUCAACCCUUGGGUAGUAUAUAUGGAUUUUUAUGGUCGAAAUGACAUACCCCUAGGUUGCUUCUUAGAGCGAUACUGUUUUCGCUCUACAUACACAUGCCCUUCUAAAUUGUGCGACACCCCAAUGGUUAGGCAUAUAAGACGGUUCGUACACAACACCGGCUGUGUUAGUAUAUGUCUGAACUACUUUGAAAACGAAUUUUCCGAAGAGCACAUCGUCAUGUGGUCUUGGUGCACCAAGUGCCAAAGAGUUUCUCCUGUCGUUCCAUUAUCUGCUGAUAGUUGGUCAUACUCUUUCGCAAAAUAUCUAGAACUAAAGUUCCAUGGGGAUACGUUCAGUAGGAGGGGGCAGUCAGCCUGCGACCACAGCUUGCACCACGAACACUAUCAAUAUUUUGGAUACAAGAACUAUGUGGCAUCAUUCAAAUUUUCUCCCAUUAGUAUUUGGGAAAUCUCGUUGCCGCCAUCUCUGAUUGAGGUUAAAUAUGAUGUGAAUAACCUUCAAACUCAGCUUAUAGACGAAAUUCGUAUCAUGGCUCAAAAAGGGCAUGAGAUAUUCUCAUUAAUAUUGGACAAAUUGAUGGUGCUGCCCGGAGAAGAAACGGAUGCCGUCAGCAACAUGAAACUGGCAUUGACUAGAGAACAUGUGCAGUUCAAGCAGAAAGUGGAAGAAGUUCAGUUGAAGCUCACUUCACCAACCAUAGAAAAUAAGGAAUUUGACGAGAAAGAACUUCAUGUAGCUUAUUAUAAAAUAGGAGAUGCUCUCACAAGGAUAAAGAGAUCCAUUGUUGAAAGUGUAGAUUCUUGGAAUGUACAGUUGAGUGAAUAUACACGUAAGAAAGAUGGGGAUAAAAAGAGAGAAAAACUUCCUCCUAUAGAUUCUGACAGUAAUAGUACCGAUGAAGUUCUACAAGAAUCUCUAGAUUGUGGUCUGACAAGCAGCUUGGAAGAAAAAGAAUCUAGUAAUGCAAUAACAAAGAGAAUCAAAAGCUUGGAUAACAGUGAUACCGAAUCAUUGGCCCCAUCAUCACCUAAGAGUCAUCACAGGUCCCAAUCUGAUGGUACCAUAAUUUCUCAAAGCGAUGAUUCCACAGACGGUAAAAAAGAUAGUGAUAAAAAUAAGGUGAAGAAUAUUUUAUCCCAUUUACUCACGCCAUCAACAAACACAUAUUCGAUCAGCUGUCCCUUCAGCAAUCAAGAACACUACUUGCUACCUGAAUCAACCAUUCCUAUAGUCGUAUUAGAAAGCGAACCGAGUUCGGUAGUUGCCUAUACUCUCUGUUCGAAUGACUACAAGAAGGCAUUUGAUGAAUUGACUAAUAAAAAAACUCAAACUGAUCAGGCCCCGAGUCCUAUAACCAAGAGACGAAGCAACAGUACGGAUAAAGAAAAAAAUGACGAUGACAAAUCUUCGAGUUUACUGGGAUUCUUGAGAAACAAGGAAUCGAAGUCUGACUUGUUUGGACAACCUGCAACAAGUACAUCUGUGGAUGUAGGUACUGAACAAUCGCCAAACCCUGUGGAAAAAAAUGACGAUGCAAAGAAGGCCAGAAACGCUCACAUAGAAGUGCAGUUUCAGGAUUCGAAUAGCAACUUCUUUUGCAGGGUAUACUUAGCAGAGAAAUUCGCGGCUCUUCGCGCUUCCGUUCUACCAAUAGGAGAGGAGGGAUACAUACGAUCAUUAUCAAGAUCUAUACAGUGGAAUGCGAGAGGCGGAAAAUCUGGCUCUAACUUUGCCAAAACUGCAGAUGACAGAUUUAUUUUGAAGGAUAUGUCCAAAUCAGAGGUUCAGCUGUUCUUAGAGUCAGCCUCGAAUUAUUUUGUUUAUAUGAACAAAUGCCACAGUACCAAGCAACCAACGCUCUUGGGUAAAAUUGUCGGUAUAUACCAAAUAGUAUUCAGAAACAAUUCCAAUGUUCCUUAUAGAAGCAAUAUACUGGUCAUGGAAAACUUGUUCUACAACAGGAAAGUUUCGCAAAAAUUCGACUUGAAGGGGUCAAUGCGAAACAGGCUAGUCGUACCAGAUAAUCAGGAAGGAGAAAUCGUUUUGUUAGACGAGAAUCUGCUGAAGAUGACGUGCGAUUCUCCUUUGUAUAUUUUGCCACAUUCCAAGUCAGUUUUGAUAGCUGCCAUUCAAAAUGAUACUGAGUUCCUUUCUACGCAAUCAGUAAUGGAUUAUUCUUUACUUGUUGGACUGGAUUCCGAAAAUAAGGAAUUAGUACUAGGAAUUAUAGAUUAUAUCAGAACGUUUACAUGGGACAAGAGAUUGGAAACCAUGGUGAAGAAAAGCGGAAUUUUAGGUGGGCAAGGAAAACUUCCAACAAUCGUAUCUCCGGAAGAAUACCAAAAAAGAUUCAUAGAAGCAAUGCACAGGUAUUUUCUGGAAGUACCAGAUCAUUGGGCUGGAUUGGGAAAAGGGUUAGAUUUUUAAUUUUUUUGUUGUUUGUUUUAUGUAUAGUGUUAUUUAUUGAUUUGUUUCAUAUUUAUAUA